AUGGGUAUCCAUGGACUGAUGACUUACAUUGGAGAAAAUCAUAUAUUUUUUAAUAAUGUCAAGGUACAAGAUACAAAAAUUGUAAUCGAUGGCAAUAACUUAUUUCAUAGACUUUACUUUGACUCUGGUCUUGAUCUUGAGCACGGAGGUGAAUAUGAUUUGUUUACUGACGUCAUCUGCAAGUUCUUUGAAGCCCUGUCUCUCUGUAAUAUUACACCAUAUGUGGUAUUUGAUGGUGGAUGCGACUAUACUGAUAAGAAGUUUGAAACUAUCAAACAGCGUGCCAGGGAGAAAAUCCAAAAAGCACAUGUUAUCUCAAGGGGCGGGGGAGGGAUGUUACUCCCACUGCUCAGCCCAGAAGUUUUUAAACAAGUUUUAGUGCGUUUGCAAGUACCUUUUGUCCAGUGCCAUUCAGAAGCAGACCGUGACAUUGUAACCCUUGCUAAUCAGUGGGCCUGUCCAGUCCUAACACUAGACAGUGACUUCUGUGUCUUUGAUUUGAAGGCUGGUUAUUGCCCCCUCAAUUACUUUAAAUGGCAAAACAUAAUUACUCAUAAAGACUGCUCCGGAUCCUACAUUGCGGCCCAGUGUUUCUCCGUGGAGAAUUUCUGUAACCAUUUUAGCCACAUAAAUAAAGCUCUUCUCCCUCUCUUUGCGGUGUUGAAUGGCAAUGAUUACGUGAAUCUUCCUUCCUUGGAGGCCUUUUUCACCCGAGUGCGUUUCCCGGCAAGGACUUCUGUGUCAACGGGAAAGAAAAACAUGCGGAUUCAAGGGCUCCUCAACUGGCUGUCCAGAUUUACUGAUCCGAAGGAGGCCAUUGAAAAUAUUCUGAAGUACCUAAAACAAAAUGAACACGAAGAGGUCCGCAAAGUUCUCUGCUCUCUUAUGGAUGAAUAUACUCAGUCAGAAGUGGACCUUACAAAGUUCUUUCAGAAUAAAGAUGUGAGACCCCACAUUGCCACUGCGUUGGCCAGCAAAGCCCCCGAAUGGGUAUGCCUUGCUCUAAUCAAAGGAGAGUUAGCCCCAUUUCUCAGUGACUGCUUGAUCUUAAAGAGGGUGUUUUUGCAACCUCAGGUGGAGAAUACAGGCAGGCCCAGCAGUAAUAGUUGCUCGUUGCAUAUUCGCCAGGUUAUGUAUGGACUUCUACUAUAUACCAAUGAGCCUUGUCGUGACUUAGCAUUGGAUUUGGCGAGCAGCACGUGGGGAGGGGCAGGCAUUGAUGCUGAGGAACAUAGCAAAGUGCAUUGUGUGGAGGAAUUCGAUAGAUAUGAGCAAACACUGAGAAAAACUAGUGUUCAAGCGGUGCUGAAAAGAUUCAACUCAGAUGAAACCUAUUCAUUGCAAAGACUACCCAAGAUUUCUACGUCAGACAGAAUCAGCUUUCUACUGGACACCUUGAGGACAAAACCUGAUGUGCUGGCCUUGCCAGCUCACCUGCAGUUAACACUUGCUGUAACCUGCUCCUGGGUAGCUCAUGCUGAACCCAAAGUGACAUUGUACCAUCUCCAGGCUUUGCUGCUUUGCAUUGUAACUGGAGAACUACAUAAAAUAAUACACAAGCCAGGUAACAGCAGCUCUGAGGAGAGGGACGUCAGAAUGGUGUAUGACAGACUGUCUCAGCUGAGACAAAGAAAGCAGAUGGGGAAUCUGGAUAUAGAUGUAGCUCACGUGUUCUCUCAGUGGCAGAGCUGUCUUUUAAUGGGAAUCUAUCUAAAUCGGCUCCUGUGCUGUCCCCUUCCAGUGCCUGAUAUUACACGCCUCUAUAGUGGGUCUUUUGUGCAUCGUUUGUAUCAAGAGCUAAAAUCGAUGGUUGCUGCAGAGGACCUAUUAAAGGGUUCUCUGAUUGCAAGUGAGCUCCUGCACACACUGACUGCCGCAAUACCAGCAGACUUCUUCCAGAAGAAAAGAAAGUCCAAGUGUCACGACAAAUUGAAGGAAAAGCAAACAGCUAAUUCAACUAUAUCAUCAAUGAGCAAAGAUAAUCAACGGCUCCCUACCUGGCAUGAUGCAAAUAACCGAUUUGCAGCCUUGACAACUGAGGAUUUUGGAUAAAACCACAAUGUUACUUUACAGCACCAAAAACUGUUGGAAUCUUGAAUACAAACUGCACAUGAGACAUGCAACUCACUUUUCACAGCACUGCACAAAGUUUUGGCAAGGAUGGAUCACCAUGACCCAUUUUGUUUUUAAGCUUGCCUUUUAAAGAGAAAAGCAGUUAAUUUCAUGGUAAAUUUAUAACAGUUACAUGAAAUUGACAAUGUUGCUCAAAACUUUGUUUGUAAGGGGCCCAUACCUAAUUCAUUAACCAAGCUUCAGUCAACAGGUGCACAAUGCUGCUGCUGAUACUGUAACAGCAGGUUUAUAAGUGAUAAGUGAAAUAUUUUACCACAGUAUUUAGUUCAGAUCUAAUUCUAGGACCAUCAGUUUGGGAAGUAGCUUAUCAAAUAUUUUAGGUGUAGCAUAAAUUAAUCUCAAAUGACCUUUUCUUGCAUAACAAAUUUAUUGUAAAAUGAGCAAUUGCCACUUUCUUUUCCGCUAUCAAGUGUAGAACUUGACCAGUGCACCAUUAUUUUUUUAAAUCUGCUGUAUGAAUUCCAUAGUGGUGAUUUGUAUAUUUUGCUCUCCCCCUUCCCAGCUAAUUAUGAUACCAAUUUCUAUUCAUCUCCUCUUACCUAAAGGUAAUAAUCGCUCACUGGGCAAAGUUUCCCUUUUACACAUUAUCCAAGUGGCCAUUUAUUUGUGGAUCUCAAGAAUAUGUUGGGCCAUUUUUCAGUUGUCAUAGCCGAGCCCAGUCUGGUUUGCACCUGUGAUCCACAUACGCACAGUUCCAGCCUUUUCUUUUCUCUUUGUCAGCUAGGGAUUGAGUGUACAAAUGUGGUCCUGUAAUUGAAUUUAUAAAGAUGUCUAGUGCAGUACAGACCAGUUGAAUCAUGGCUGGACUCUGCUGUGCAUAGAUGAGCAUUUGGUUAAGUUCAUUAAGCAAUCAAAGCAGUUUGCACGUUGCCAUUAAGUGACAAUCCCAAUUCUAGACCGUGUGGGGGUUAUAGUUAAACUUAACCAAAGGUCCAAGCGGGGUUGAAAGGACUUCAGAUUAUCAGAGCAUUCUUAUCCUUCCACAUUACAAUGCUAAUUUAGCAUCUAUUAAUGCAGUAUUCCAUCCAACACAGAAGAUACAUUUUUAGGAACUAUUUAUGAUGUUGCCUUCCAUCUAUUAGAUAAACAGACUAUAAUGUACAAUAGAAAUAAAUAGUUUAACAUUGAAGAGUUUCAGCUUUGAUAUGCAUCAAACAUUAUAUGCAGAAGUCACUAAUUUAUGUUGGCUAAUUUCAGGACUAGUAUCCCAAAGAAGAAUAUUUUAUUCAAAGUGCUUUCAUUUUACGAGUGCCAGAUUCUACCUUACCAGCCUUAUUGGCCAGUAAAGUCUUGACUGUUUUCAUUUUGAAUUAACAAGAAUUGUUGUAACUAUUAUCUAAUUUUAUCUGGAGAUGAAAUAAAAAUUUACUAUAA